UUUAUACAACGAUAUAAACGUUUUCCUUCUUAUAUUUAUUCAGACAAGCCAGAAAAUUAUUCUGUUUCGCGCUCUCAUUAAAGUGAAACGAAAAUAAAAGUCACCGAGACUGCAAUUAGUACAAAAAAUAAGGCAAUCGUGGGAAUAAACAUGUGAACCCAUGCUUGUUGAAUUGAGUUAUACUUCCAGUUGUUGAGUUAAUUAAUAAACGACUAACUUUAGGAACAGUUAAAAGACUGCACGGGGGUGUUUUUUUAGGUUUUUGUUUUGUUUUUUUACACAUGGAACCAGUUACACUUCGGGCUUUUGUCUUUACACGGAUUUUAUGCGGUAACGGUCAAAAUAAUGACUUUGUACAUGGCUCUCAUCAUAAUUUUGUCCUAUUUGGCUUUGAUAAAAUGCAUUUUUUUUCGACAUCGGCGGACUUUGGUGAAGUCGUUGAAGCGUGCAUUGAACGCUCCACCAAGCAGAGAAACAAACGGCGAGAAUAUCAGGGCUCUGGUCGUAACUGCGCAUCCGGAUGACGAGUGUAUGUUCUUCGCGCCAACGAUCAUACGACUCGUUGAAUUAAAUGCCACCGUUCAUUUGCUCUGUUUGUCUGAAGGAAACUACUACAAUCAAGGAGCUCAGCGUAAACAAGAACUUCUGAACAGCUGUGCCGUGUUGGGGAUACCAGCCUCCAGAAUCAUCAUAGUAAACCACAAAAAACUUCCAGAUGAUCCCAAAGCAGAAUGGAGCGUCUCAUUGGUCUCCUCUGAAAUCCUGAAGCACAUAAGAGCUCACUCCAUCAACAUGGUGCUGACCUUUGAUGGAAGCGGCGUGAGCAGCCAUGCCAAUCACAUAGCUAUCUAUAACGCUGUCAGGCAUCUCGCUUCCACUGGAGAAGUACCCAAUGACUGCACUUUGCUCUCCCUGGUGACCGUUGGCCUUCUCAGGAAGUACAUCUCCUUCUUGGAUGUUCCCCUCAGCUGGUUUCUGCCCUCAUGUGUCUGCUGUAUUAUAGGCUCAAAGGCCUACAAGCAAGCCAAAGCUGCCAUGCUCUGCCAUCGCACUCAGCUGCUGUGGUUUCGUUACCUCUACAUCACGUUCUCACGCUACAUGUUCAUAAACACAUUCCAAACCAUUGCUCAGGGACCAAAGAACCUGAAGAUCUAUUAAAAGCUCUGAUGCACUGAUUGCCACAUUUAUUACACUACAGGGAAUUUAGAAGCUGUUUACAAAUGUCUUUGAUACUCUGUUAAUAGCAGUAGGUGAUAUGCAUUUUUCUUAAACACUGUUAUUUUUUAAAUAAUAUUUAAUAAUACAAGAAACUUCUCAUCCUUUUUUGUUACAGAAAAACUUUUAUUGACUCAGUCACAACACUCUAUUAAAAAUAUGGAGUAUUUAAGCUUUUACUUUUACUUUAACCUCCUAGGACCUGCCGUCCACAUAUGUGGACAUCACAUUUUGGGUUAUUUAGACCAAAAUACUCAAUUUUGCUCUACAAGGGCCUGAUAUCCACUUACGAGGACA